CCCACCGGACCCUCCCCUGGGGGUCCACGGACCAAUCAGUGAAGGCCGGGCCCCCUCACGCGCUUCUUGCCAAUGGAGAAGCCGCUCGCGCUUCAGUCUCUUCCGGGGGCAGUCCUUUGAUAGCUUCUCCUCUCCCCCACCGCCCUGCCUUCUCUCGUCACGUGACGCCACUGGGCCGGACACGGGUCGCGAGUACUACCACGUGAUAUGGGAAAAAAUGUGUGCUGCGGCCACCAUUUUGCUGGAAGAGGAGGAGCGUUUUAUUUUCGGGCUCCACUACCUAUCCCGGCGGUGUUGCGGCUCACAACGUCCUCCGAUCCCUGAGCCUUCCCCAGCCCACGGGACUUUUCCUUUUGCGCUCUGAUUCCAGGACCUUCUCUACGACUAAGCCAUUCUCCCUGCCGGGUGUCCUUUUGAUCUCUUGACCUCUGAUUCAAAGGUCAGCUUGAAGGUUCCGAACUCGGGCCUGGAAUGUGAGGGGUUACAGAGCCUAAAUUCCCUAGUCUCUAGCCCUGGGCCCCGAAGUCCCACCCCGUAGGGCCUCGCCCCAGGUCCUAUCCUUCGUUUUCCCAAAACUGACUCCCGAGUUUCCAGACCUGGCCCGGGAUGAUACCGUAACUUUUACUAAAUUACCCUCCUUGAGCCUGGCAAAGCAACCGCAAACCACAAAUCUAUUCCCGGAUAAAAGACCACUCCCUGUUAACUGUUAGAUCUCUGAUGAUACGGGUCAGCCUAACCCCUGCUCCCCUAGUUCCACAUGUCAGUCCUGAUCCUUUUAAUCCCACUGCUCAGCACCCAAGUUCUGGAACUCUGCUGUAAAACCUUCAGAACUUCCAUCCCUGCGAUUAACUCCUUUUAGAGGAUCCAUCCCUCUCCCAUCAUCAAAUCUUCCAGGCUAUGCAUGCUGUAGGAGACCCAAAAAUGAGUUCUCCACGCUCUCCUCCCCUAGAGCCCCCAGCCCCUUCUCCAGGAAUCCCUGUUCCCCAAGGGCCCGUCACUCCACUUCCUUCUCUGCCCCCAAACCUGCCCAAUUUAGCUUUGCUGCCCCCUGCCUCGAGUCUCCAGACCCCUAUUCCCCCACCACCCCCAUUGCCGCCUCCACCCGCCGUUGGGGGGCCGGCUCCCCCUCAUGUCUUCGGUCUAGAGAAGAGCCAGCUCCUGAAGGAGGCUUUAGAGAAGGCCGGCCCAGUCCCCAGGAGCAGAGAUGACGUGAAGAGGCUCCUGAAGCUGCAAAAGGACCGUUUCAGAAGUGACUUGCAGUGGAUCCUCUUCUGUGCCGACCUGCCCUCCCUCAUCCAGGAAGGCCCUCAGUGCGGGCUGGUGGCCUUGUGGAUGGCAGGCACGCUCCUGGCACCGCCCAGCGGCAUCCCCCUGGAGAGACUUGUGCAGAUGGCCGUGGACAGAGGCUACACGGCCCAGGGAGAGAUGUUCUCCGUGGCCAACAUGGGCAAGCUGGCCCAGGAGGCACUGGGCUGCCAGGCUGAGUUGCUCUGCGGUGGCCUGGGUGGUCCCAACAGAGACCGUGUCCUGCGGCACCUCGUCUCCGGACAUCCCUUGCUCAUCCCCUACGACGAGGACUUCAACCACGAGCCGUGUCAGAGGAAGGGCUACAAGGCCCACUGGGCAGUGAGCACAGGGGUCCUGCUGGGGACGCAGGCUGUGCCAGGCCUCGGCUAUUCUGAGGACCCCGAGCUGCCAGGUCUGUUCCACCCAGUGCCCAGCACAGCCCGCCAGCCGCCAUCCCUGCCAGAGGAAGGUUCCCCAGGAGCCGUCUACCUUCUCUCCAAGCAGGGCAAGAGUUGGCAUUACCAGCUGUGGGACUACGACCGGGUCCGGGAUAGCAACCUGCAGCUGACAGACUUCUCGCCCUCGCGGGCCGCUGAUGGCCGGGCAUACGUGGUGCCCGCUGGAGGGGUGCGGGCCGGCCUCUGUGGCCAGGCCCUGCUCCUCAGCCCAAAGGACUCCAGCUGCUAGCCUGCUGCAUCCCUGAGCCAGGUGACAGGGCCCCCGGCCACAGCUCAGCUCUGUCACCAUUUGAAGAGUGCCCCAGUGCCCUUUUUCCAACAGCCGUGGGAGUGGGCUCUGUUCCAGCCAGAGAUCCUCCAUGCAGAGGCCCCCUCCCGCUCCCCGUAUGUCUCCUUCUCCCACACUCGCCCCCAGUAGUAAGCCCCUACUGUGUGGCUGAGGGCAAAGCCAGGAGCAGCUAGACAAGCUCCCUGUCCAGGAAAGACACUGACCACAGCUCAACCCGCAGGUCUCGUCUGUCCCACCUGAAGGUUGCAUCCAGCCAUUUUUCACUGGUGAUCAUCCUCCUCUUUCUGGACUGGAGCCUUCUCACUAGACCCUUUGCUGCCCCCCAGUCUGUUCCCAUGGAGCCUAGGAAGCCUUGCUUUUUAAAAUGCAAACCAGGGGCACCUGGGUAGCUCAGUGGGUUGAGCAUCGGACUUUAGCUCAGGUCAUGAUCUCACAGUUAGCGAGUUCAAGCCCUGCAUCAGGCUCUGAGCC